AUGUCGGAUGUUCCGCCUUUGUGUCCUAUGCAUACUUAUUUGCAAUGGAAAUUAGCUGUUGAAAGCCCUUCAUUUACAUAUGCUGCCAGAUCUACAUCUAAAGAUAUAUUGUUUGCUGUGGAUAUUCCUUUCCCACUACUGAGAGCCUGGUACAACCUAGUGGUGUUGAAAAAGCCCUUCCAAACAUCAUGCACCUGUGAUCCUAAGAAAAUAGGCAUCAACUUGCCCUCAAAUUCUCCCCAGUUUACUUAUAUCGAGUUGUUUGAAUUUGCAAUUCCUGGAAGUUCGUUUGGUCUUACAUCUGAUCAAGCUAUGAGGUCAGAAAUAAAUAAUUCCCUUCGGCUUAUGGCAGCAAAGGUGUAUGCUGAGUAUGGCAAGAGUCGAGGUAGAAAGAGACAACAACUGGAUUUAAAGACCAAGAAAUUCCAUAUAAUGGAUGGACAAACAAUUUCAAUUACAAAACUCAAACAAGAUAAGGCAUUUGUUUGCGACGAGUUGGCAAAAUGGAAGGAAAGCAACAUUAAUUUAGAGGUUGAAAUUAAAAAGCUUUACCAUGAAAUGGAGAUGGCCAUCCAAGAAAAGAAUGAAGUUAUUGAAAACCUGCAGUCAAAAAAUGAAGAACUAUUGAAAUAUAUUGACCUCCUUGAAAAAUCUGAAAAAAUGCAGCAUCAGGGAAAAGAUAUUUAA